AUGCCGCAGCGUGAGGCAUCCACCGCUUACGAACGCAAACAGAAAGCAAACGGAAUGAUACACCGAGACCAAAGGGCUGCGAUCUCAGCCAAUGGUCUACUCAGUAAACAAUUCGCCAGCAUCACGGAUGUUCUUCUCAAAGCAAGCCGGCGACGUAAUCAAGACCUGCAGCAAAGGCUGUCGAGACCAGUGCCAAUCUCAACAUCAUUCAGGCCUGUGAGCAAGCCUCUUGUCGCCACUGAACCAGAGCUAUCACAAGUCAACGCUUCCAGUGAUAACCGUAUCGAUCUUGAACAAGUCAAACAAAGCAAUAAAGAUACUAUCGGAAUCAAGUUGAUGACGGUUGGCACUAACGAGGAACACUUGGAUGUGUCGGAGACACAGACCAGUCUCCGUGGCUGUGACGCACCGAAGUAUGCCGACAAUCCAAAGAUGAUGCUCGCUGAGCUGGAAUCGUCGAGCCCGGAACAUUCCAGUCAUGAUGCGAAUGAGGAGCUUGACGACAGCUAUGGGCAAGAGAACAUCUGGGUAGACAUGAAAUGUGUCUCGUCGUUGAUGAAGAGUGCCGCCGUUGAGCACGUCAAGGACGCGAAAGAAAUACCUACAAGCCCGAGCAUAGAUGAGGCAGACGCCUUAUCAAUCUUGGCUAAGCGUCUGGGCAUCGACAGUAAUGAGGACGAGGCUAUCGGAAGCAUCGAAUUCACGUUUGAUGAGCUCGACGAACAAUUCUCUAAUGCAAGCAACACCGGAUAUAAGGACAACGACCUCAAGGCUCUCCGUGAAGAACUAGUGGCUGUGUUUUCGCCAGCCUGCGAUACAACCUGUCGAGAUUUCCAGCGUACCACUAGGGACACACCGGUCAAUAGCAUGAGAUCAAAUCCUCAAGAGCAGAUGAUUGAAAAGCUUCAGCCAGACGACACACCGCCUGUUGCUGCCUUGGUAUUGGAGCCUGGGGACGCUGAGUGCAAGGAUGUCCAGGUCGGGUGCACGCAACCCUUCAGUGACGACAUAGAUGAACAGGAGACUCAGAGAGAAAAAGAGAAGAUGCUCGACAGGGAAAACGAAAAGCUUGAAGCGACUAUAAAGUAUGUCCUGGAGGAGGAGAAGAGAUACCAUGCAAUUGAGGAGAACAAGCGCCUCAAAAACCGUCUGAUUGUCUCCAAUUUGGCUGCUGAUGUAGACGAUAAAGCCAUCCGUACCUUCUUCGCUAGAUAUGUGACGGAGAUCCGCAAUGUCACCAUUCUAUCAGUACGCGAUCCAGUCAAGAGGACUAGAACAGCGUACGUCGAUAUGUACAGCAGGAAAGUAGCGGCCCGUGCAUCAUACGAGGUCGGAGGUAUUUUUGGAUUGAUUGUGAAGAUCAAGUUGGCAGUGGAGUAA